UUGCUGGCACCGCCUGCCAGAUCCACAGCAGAUCUCAGCAAUUUAUCGCGUCGCCGCAUCUAACCCUAAAGUGUGUGAUAACUGGCUCAGCCGGACCUUUUGCAUCCACAUCCAGGCUCCUCUUCCAGCGCUGAGUUCACACACAGGGACUGGCGUCGCUCCGGAUGCUGGGAAAAUAAGCCCUCUAUCUCCCCAUCUCCUCUUAUCGCCAUAUCUGAUCUUCCUCCCCUGCGCAACUGACUCAACACCGGUGGCGGACUGGACGCACUGGAUGGCUGCUGCACUUAACGAACCGGUUUGAUUCUAUUCCUCCCCCCCCUUUUUUUUAAAAUCUUCAUCCUCCACUGCCUCCGAGACUGAAGAGAAAACAACUGCUGCAACAAUGACAGAUCCGGCGACCCAAGAGUCCUACCCUGUCCCGGACCCGACUAUAGUGGAUCCGUGCCCGGCCACAGUGCGGAACGGCCAGUGCCCCCCGGAUGGCUUCAGUAACAACCACCACCAGCAAACCAAGAGCCCCAGCCAGCCCGAGCAGCUCAGCACGGGCCAGGAGAUGAAAAUCACAGACAGCGUGGAGGGAGAAGGUCUCCUGGAGAGCAGCAUGCGGUUGAAGCCUCACGAGGCCCAGAGCUACAGGAAGAAGGCGCUCUGGGUCUCCUGGAUCUCCAUUGUGGUCACUCUCAUCCUGGCCGUGGCAGCGUUCACCGUAUCGUUCAUGCGACACAGCGCGUCAGCCUUCGGAUUUGCAUUCGACGCCACGCUGGACGUGCUGUCGUCCGUCAUCGUGCUGUGGCGCUACAGCAAUGCAGCCGCCGUGCACUCGGCUCACAGAGAGUACAUAGCGUGCGUAGUCCUGGGGAUUGUGUUUGUUCUGUCCUCCUUGUGUAUCCUUGGAAAGGCCAUCCAUGAUCUGGCUACCAGGGUGCCGCCAGAAGUGGACGACUUCCUCUUCAGCGUGUCCAUAGUGAGCGGCCUCACGUGCGCUGUGCUGGCCGUGGCCAAGUUCAUGCUGGGAAGAGUGCUGACCAGUCGGGCCCUCAUCACCGAUGGGUUUAACUCCAUGGUUGGCGCCAUCAUGGGUUUCUCCAUUCUGCUGAGCGCUGAAGUCUUCAAGCACCACACGGACGUCUGGUUCCUGGACGGCACCAUCGGCGUCCUCAUUGGACUCAUCAUUUUGGCCUACGGGGUCAAGCUCCUGAAGGACAUGGUGCCGCGCGUGAGGCAGACCCGGAACUACGAGCGCUUCGAGUGAGAGAGGCCGCGUCCAGCGGCCGAGCAGGUGUUCGCACGCACGCGCCUCCGCCCUCCUCUCGCCGUCGACCGCCCACGCACACUCCACCCGCUCGUGUCCACAGACACGCACUCAUGCGCUGUACAUACUGUACAUACGACGUUCCCGCAUAACAUGCACGCACGCACGCACGCACACACACACACACACACGCACGCACGCACGCACGCACACACGCACACGCACGCACACACACACACACACACACACACACACACACACACACACACACACACACACACACACACACACACACACACACACAGACGAGUGAGAGGCGUUGAGGGAAGAGAACGCAGGUGAAGACCGUCCCCUCGACAGACAGCACUUCACUCAGUUAGAUCUUUUUCACACGUCUUGCUUUUGUCCGCCGCCCGUUUGGAAAUUAAACCUGGUGUAAAGGUACAGACCCCACAACUAGGACUUUCCUCAGGGUUCGUCCAGUGAGGACCCACGGUAGCUGCUGCUGCUAAAAUAAAGUAAAAAUAGCAGGCAGCGACUCUUUUAUAAGAUUUUAGUAACUAUUCCUAGUUCACCAGCCUCCUCUCGUCAAUGCAGCCACCAUAAAUCCUAAUUUAUGUUCAAUGAGAAGUACAAUACGAAGCAGCGACUUAGAGACUCAAAGAGUCAGCAAGCACAGUCGAGGUUAGCCUUGAUCCAGAACCAAGUACAUAGAUACAGCAGGUUAGUAGAUAAUGAGGACAAACCUCAGUCAUACAAUUAAAUGCACCAGACUUUAAAUUGCUUCAGUUAUUCGUUUUAUACCAUGAGGCGGCACAUAUGAUGAGUCCAAGCACAAAUCACUUACUUUAGUUCAUGAAACACAAUGUUUGUGUGUUGCUUACAUAAUGUCCUUGGUGUUUUCAGUAGCAACACUGAAAAAAGUGAGAUUUUUAAUGGUUAAACCCAAAUGUUGCACAAAGAGAAACAACAGGACCAAUGAUUUUUAAGGAUGAUGAAUCUAAACUAGGUACUGAUUUCAGCAUAUUUAGCUUGUUUAUUUGUCAUCUGUCAUAUAUUCUGUUGCCAUAAACUGUACAUAUAUAUGAAUUAUUACUCACUCAGUUAUUUACUAAAAAACAUUCAGGAACGAUUUUGUACUUGAAACAUACACUGAAUAUCCAAUAUUUUAUCAGGGUAGUAAAACACAUAUUUGUCUUGUCUUUGCCCCUUCAAGCUAAUAUACGUAAUCACCAGAUGUAGAAAAUUGCUACAUACAUAAUUAUACAAUUAUUUGAUUUAAUUCUGUUAUUUAUCAUUUUGCCUUUCUAUGGAGUUCAGUUUGGGUAUUUAAUAACAUCCUUUUUUACAUAUACUUCUAUUUCUUGUUUUGAUUUCAAUAUACGGGAAAGAUCUAAGCACAAAGACAGUGACUAAGCGGUGAAAUGCAAUAUCAGUUACACUGCAUAUCAUUUGCAGAGACAACGUCUUCUAGCUGCUCAUUAGUCACGUCCUGCAUGUUGCCAUUGUUUGCAUCCAUUAUUAUGUGCAAUGAACAGAAUGUAAAUACAAACCACACGGUCUGUAAAUGUGUUUUUUACACAGGUUUGGGUGCAUCAGUAACAAAAGUCACACAUAGUCGUAGUGCUCUGUGCCCAACAUUAAAGGCUUCUCUGAGUAGACCAAUCAUUGUUAAAGUACAGGAUGAUUAUUGUUGCAUAUAGUUACAAAUGUUGAAUAUACUGCGCAUAUACUGUAAAUGUUGUUUUAUCUAUUGUUGUAGAUUAUUGGUGAAAUUGACUGUAAAUUUUGCAGUGUAAGUGGAAAUAGGACUGGAUGUAGGUGUGAUCUACAGUAACAUCACUCUCCAAGGCUCAAGCUGUGGCCGAAAGGUAAACAAACUACUAACAGAACAACUUAUUUUACCUUUCGUGUUGAACCUGAGAGUAUUUAUCAGUUAUUUAUAUAUUAAAUCAAUUCACUCUACAAAUUUAUUACAUGCUAUUUUAUAAACAUGACCUGAUAAAAUAAAAUAUAGUGUCCUGUGUACAAACAGACACUCAACAGACAUCUACGAGUACACACUCCCGAUUUGAUUAAAGUCGUACUGUUGUAGGUGAUGGUUGUGCGCCACCUUGUGGCCGGACAUUGUAGUGCAAAGUAUUAAUUAUUAUUCAUAGAGCUGGAUCCAAGGGAGAGAGUCUAAAUUUAUCCCAGGUUGAACACAGCUACAGUUACCUUGGACAGUGGCUGUGAAGGAGCCUGCAUCCACUCUACACUGUAAUUAUCGAGUCCUGGUCGAGGUAUAAAACGACGCUAUCGUGUAGUUUGACUGCGUGAAGAAUACAGAUUUGCUACGAACUGAAGGUGUGAAUCAGCUCACGCCCUCUCAACUCACCAACAGCACAUGGAUUUGUAACGCCACCCCCCCCCCCCCCCCCCCCCCCCCCCCCCCCCUUUCUCUCUGCAUAGAAGACAAUCUUUACGAUGACUCGCUAGCACAGUGUUUACAUGCUGACCUCACCACACGAGGCAAAGAACAAGCUCCUUCAGUGAAAGUCUGCUUUACUAACGCUAUAGCUCUCGUUCUGUUGGAUAAAAUAGAUGCUAUUUCGAUCAAUAUCCUUUUCUACCUCUCUUUGUUGCACUUUGAUUUUGUGCCACCUCUCAUGCCACAGGAACCUGCUCGGUGACUACCACAACCACCACGGCCCUGGCUGCAUUUCAUGCAUCAGAAACAGGACCUUCCAUUUUCAGAGUUUCAGUCCUGCCAUCGUUCAUCUUGUUCAGAAAUGCACUGUGCCCAAUUCCUCAGCUGGAUGAACUGCGCUACUGAGUCCACAUACAUACACGAUGUAAACAUCUCAGCACCACGGCGAAGGAUAUACAGGGGUUUAUUAAAUAUUGAAGGGCAUCACACGCAGCACUACCCAGCCUAUUGAGCAGGUUUCUUCCAAUAAUUAACUAUUCAUGUCCAUUAAUGUACCCUACUUCCAAUAACACAGGGAACUUCAUUACUUUUAAGGCUCUACUUUGCUUUUGGGGCAGGGCAGCUCCAGUGCAGCUUCCAGUCCAGGUUAGCGCUGUUUCCUCGCAGGUAGAUGGGUUUCGUCUGGGUUCUCCAACCUUCUCUCACGCCCCUAACGCACACAGCUGCUUGUGGGAAUGUGACAAAGCUGCUGUCUGGUGAUACCUUUAUUGCCUUUGAAUGUGAAUGGUUGCUCUUGUGUACAUGCCUGUGUAUGGACAAAGUACAGCGUCACCAGCUUCUAUCCCCCCCUGGACAUCUGGACAUUCAUGCAUCUGCAUCAUCGUCCCAUUAUCAUUUCAAUUAAUAGCAAUACUAACCUCUCCCUGUUGCUAUAGGAUUUGCAUGGGCUCGUAAGAAACCUUUCCAGCUUCAGUGGUUACAAAUGCAUUACAGGCACACACACGCACACACACACACACGCACACACACACACACACACACACACAUACACACACACACACACACACACACACACACACACACACACACACACACAC